GUGGGCCACAACUUCCGGCGGGCGCAGAGCCGGGCGCAGUUGGAGCUGUUGGCGUCGCAGCCCAGCGCGCACUUCGUCACCGUCCUCGACAGCUUCCAGCGCCUCCGAGGCCUCUUCCAGGACCUGCAGGCCCGCAUCUACGCCAUCGAAGGCACCUCCGCUCAGCACAGCUUCCAUUUGGAGCUCAGCUCGGCCGGGAUCAGCGUGGCUGCCAUCAGCGGCCGGGUGCUGACGGGGGCGGUGGGUGCGGACAGCUGGGCGGGGGGGGUCCUCCUCAUCCACCCCCCCCCGGAAACGUUCGUGGGCAACCCGGAAGUGGGGGAGGACGCAGCCGACGCUUAUCUGGGUUACGCCCUGGCGGGGGUCCCGGCGGAGGGGCGGCUGCUGCUGGCGGUGGGAGCGCCCCGGCGCGGUCACGUGGGAGGAGUGGAGCUGCUCGAGGGCGGCGCCGGCGGCUGGGCGCGCCUGCAGAGUCUGCGCGGGAAACAGGACCGUCUGAGGCCGUCUGUGGAGCUGCAUGGGGCUGCCGGGCAGCCUUUGGGGCGCUUUGGGGCGGCGCUGUCAGCGUUGGGGGACGCGGAUGGGGACGGGGAACCCGAAGUGGCCGUGGGGGCCCCCAUGGAGGACGACGGGCGGGGGGCGCUCUACAUCUUCAGGGGGGUCCACCAGCCCCAAUACGCACAGCGCCUGGAGAGCCGCUCUAUGGGGUGGGAGCUGCGGCAGUUCGGGGUGGCGUUGGAUGGGACGGAGGAUCUGAACGGGACGGACUGCCGGACAUCGCCGUGGGGACGGACGGACGGGUGGCCAUAUGAGUUCUCGGCCGGUGGUGUCGCUGUGGGUUCGGCUGUCGCUGUCGGUUGAGCGCCUCCCGCGGUUCCGCGACCGCUGCGGGGGAAACGGCGGCGCUGUGGGGCUGCAGCUCUGCUUCCAACCGCGCCUCCGCAGCCCCACCUACACCGGUACUGCCCCAUAGCUGCCCCAUAGCGGC